GGUUUUGUCUCGGAGGCCGCCGCGCGCUGCUGCCCCGCGCUGGGGGCUCCCGAAGCUUUGAGCGCUCCAUUACGGAGCGUGGCCGCAGCCUGGUCCGUGAGCUCCGGGUUAGGUCUGAGCUCCUGUCAGAGAGAGUGCUGGCAUCGAGCACAACGCCAGCGGGACUGGAGCUGAGGCUGCAGCCAUGGACCAGGUAAUGCAAUUCGUGGAACCCAGCCGUCAGUUUGUAAAAGACUCCAUACGACUGGUUAAAAGGUGCACUAAGCCUGACAGGAAAGAAUUCCAGAAGAUUGCAAUGGCAACAGCAAUAGGCUUUGCAAUAAUGGGAUUUAUUGGCUUCUUUGUCAAAUUGAUCCAUAUCCCAAUCAACAACAUUAUUGUAGGUGGCUGACUGCUCAUCAUGAAGAAUGACACAUUGUGACAUUUGUUGCAAAAAUUUCAUGAGUGUGUAACUUGUUUGCUAUUAAACAGUUUUGGGUUUGCAAACUCA